ACCUCCCUCUGAUGAUACAAGUUUUCUGCAUGCAAAAGGGACACACACUGUUCACUGAACUUGACUUCUUACAAGCAAUCAUUCCAAUUAAUGAUGCCAACAUUCAUUCUUCUCAAAGGAAAAGGGUUUCAUUCACCUGCCUGAUGGUGCCAUAUAAAACGUUCAGCAGUUAAAGAUACACAGCUCAGCAGUGCACAGCCCUAUAAACAAAGAGGAGCAGAGAGGAAAGGAGUGUUUCAGUCCUGUUCAACAGCAUAUCCUGUUACUUCACUGACAACAGAAUGUUCUCUACAUACCCUGUACAAAACAUUAAAUCUAAUCGCAGACCUGUCUUCUCAAGCAGGUCUUUCCAUGGGAACCUAGUAUCCAGAUCACAACAGCCUAUUUCCACUAGCUCUUUCCCCAUGCUGUCUUCUGCAGUUCAUGGGGCUACUGCUGGCCUUGCUGGGUUCAGUAAUGAUGUACUGGCAACCAAUGAGAAACUGACAAUGCAAAAUCUGAAUGACCGUUUGGCAAGCUAUCUGGAAAAAGUGCAUGCCCUGGAGGAAGCAAAUCAUAAGCUGGAAAGGCAGAUUCAAGGCUUACUUAUUCAAAGGACUCCAGUCACUGUAGACUUUGACACAAAGUAUUCAGAAGCUGCUGCUUUUAAAGAACAGAUUGAGAAACUGACCAACGAGAAUACAAAACUUCUACUGGAUAUUGACAAUGCAAAACUGACUGCAGAGGACUACAGACUGAAAUGGGAGACUGAAGUAUACAUCAGACAGACAGCAGAAAGAGAUACCUUUAACCUGAAGAAAAUAAAGAGUGACCAUGAGAACUACAGCAUUACCCUGAAAAUUCAGCUGGAGGACCUGCAAAAUGAGCUGGCUGCCUUACAAAGUAGUCACGCAGAGGAGCUCUCCAGUAUCAGAGAUGAUGUUACCAGAGAAAAGGUGAAUGUUGAAGUUGACAGUGUGCCGGGAGAAGACCUCACAAAGGCCAUAAAUGAAGUCCGAAUGAAGUAUGAAGCAUAUGCCAUGAAGAAGAAGGAAGAAAUAGAUACAUGGCACACAAGCCAGCUGAAAGGGCUCUCGGAAGAAGUGCAGAAGAAUACUGAGGCAGUUCACAGUGCUAAGGAAGAAAUCACUGAGAAGCGCCGUACUGUGCAGAGUCUUGAAACUAAGCUAGAAUCUCUACGUAAUCAGGUAAAAGCUUUAAGUGGAAAUCUUGAACAAACCAACCACACAUAUGCAGACACUAUUGGGGAUCUGCAAAGAAGUAUCAUAAGUGUGGAAGAGCAGCUGAAAGAGAUACAUGACAGCAUGAAACAGCAGAAGCAUGAAUAUGAGCAACUUCUGAAGAUCAAGGAGAACCUAGAAGCAGAGAUUAUUGUCUACAGACGUCUGCUUGAAGGAGAGGACCAAUUUAUGAAACUAUCUGCCUUGGAGGAGACUAAUAAAACAGUUCAGCAUUCAUCUGCACAAAUGAAAUCUGAGUUGGGAUCUACAGCAAGUCUACAAGCUUCUACACAGGGGAAGUCAGCAGAUGGGUCCUCAGGAACUCAUAAUUCCUCUUCUGUGCAAGACAAAUCAACAAAGGCUUCAGCAACCCAGAUCUCCUCACAGAUGACUUCAACAAGCACAUCUACAUCUAUCCAACAGGCCUCAUCAGCACAGAAUACAUCUGCAAGUGACUCAACAGCAACAAAAACAACAACAACACAAAAAUCCACAAUGACACAACAGAAAUCAGAAAAUGAUUCUACAGCAAACAGAGAUGCAUUAAAUGUAAGAGACAAGUCAGUUGAUGGGUCCUCAACAACAAUAAAGUCAUCUUCAACCCAAGACAAGUCAGCAGAUGGGUCCUCAACAAUCAUAAAAUCAUCUUCAACCCAGGAGGAGUCAGCAAUUGGGUCAUCAACAGCUAUAAAGGCAUCAUUGAACAAGGACAAGUCUGCAGAUGCUUCAACAACCAUAAAGUCUUCUUUGGCACAGGAGGAGUCAGCAAUUGGGUCAUCAACAGCUAUCAAGUCAUCACUGAACAAGGACAAGUCUGCAAAUGCUUCAACAACAACUGUAAAGUCAUCUUUGACCCAGGACAAGUCUGGAGAUACUUCAUCAACAACUGUAAAGUCUUCUUUAACCCAGGGCGAGUUAAUAAAUGGAUCAACUAAAACAACAGUAAUCAAAGCCACCACCCAGCAGCUGCUCUCUGCACAGGAGAAGUCAGUGAGCGGAUCUGCAGAAAUCCAAGAAUUAUCAGCAACACAGGAAACAACUGGACAUAUUUCUGAUGAGGAAUCAUCAACAAAGGUGGCAGAGAGUGAUAUCAGAAUUAGGAAAACGGUACAAAUUAUUACCCAGACCAUGCUUGAUGGCAAACUUAUCAAUGAAACUACUGAAGUUCAAUCAGUGGAGGAAAUAAAGCAACCUCUCAGUUGUUAAAAUAUUCAAGGUUCACUAAAUAAUACAAAGAUAAUAGAUUUUUUUCGCUGUUCAGUAAAUAAUGUCCAAUUAAGAACUGUUUGCAGCCAGCUGAGUAAGUAUAGAUGGAUUUUGGUAUGGGGUCUUCUGAGCAAGCAUGCAUUGCUGUGGUGAUUGAAGCCAUACCAAAUGAAACUUCCAGGAUCAUGAUUUUAGAUCUGCCAAAAUCAAACAAAUAAAUGUUAUACAUCUAGUCUUAUGUACUUAUCUAAAGUGUUGGACGUUAUGCCAAGUCUUUGUGGAAUGGUGUUAGAUUGGUAAAAAGUACUAAUAUGUCUGAAGGUUAGGGGAAAUAAUUACUGAUAGUGUGUAUUUGUCAGUUUGAAGACAUGGUCAGAGAUGAACAAAUCUUCAACGCAGCACUGGAGAUUGAGAAAAACUAUGAACUCAGGAUGCAGGAUGACGACUAUUGAUUACACAGAGCCAACAUCGGAUGAGGUGGUGUGAUUACAUUUUAGACUGACCUUAAGGAAAUUCUCCUUCAAUUUCUGCCACUGAAUAGAAUAUUCUGCAAGCUAAUGUAGUAAAAGAAAACUGUAUCAAUUCUGGAAAUUAAAUGCAAGGUUUGGUGAAAUCGAUGAUAAAGGGAAGGAUGCUGUGUUAGUGCAGGAAUAAUACAACAGAAUGAUAUGUGGAGCGCCUACUUCUGAGAACAACGCAGUAUCAGUUACCAUUAGAAUGUUUGAUGUUGCCAAAUAUUGUGUUACUUCCAAAUUUGUAUUACCUCAUAAAAUAUUUUCAGAGACAGAGUGUUAUAUACAGAAUAGUAAUUGUGUGUUUCAUCUGGAUUUUGUAAAUAAAUGUUAUUCAAGAUAAACUCAGUUCUGAUGGAAAUAUAUUACCGGAAUAUUCGCAAUGCAAAAAUCCACAUAUAGGUGUGCUCAAAAAUAAAAAAAUAAUGUGUUCUAACAACAAACUCUAUGGAUGCUGCAAUGUAACUAAAUUGUGAACAGUAAAAAACAUAUGCUGACAAUGU